AUGUUAAAUCAUUCAGCGUGCGAGCGGGAUAGCCAGACAAGUUUGGAGUCGGAGCUGGAACCGAGAAUGUUUGACUAUUUCAAGAUCAGCGACCCGGAUGUACCUGCUAGGAGAGACUAUAGGACGCAGCCAGUGGAAGAGCUCAACACAUCUGAUUCGUCGAUAGAAAGGCCGCAGUCUCAAGGAGUGGAAUCCUCCGCUGCGACCAUCCCAGAGAUGGUAGAAGACGCUUUGGAGAUCAUAAGCCAAGAUGGGGACUACAUGGAGAGGAUAGGCAUGGACGUGCGGGUACAAUGCAUCCUGUGCUCCUGGGCUGGCCCCAGGUUCAUAUUGGAGUAUCACAUUAGAAAGGAGAAACUGACUGACUGA